AUGUUAUUGAACAUUGUCAAAGGUCCAAGGUCAUUUGAGGAGAUUAGGACAGUUAACGGAGUCGUGCAUCCAACGUUUAAAGCGGCAUGUCAAGCGUUGGGAUUAUUGGGUGGUGAUGAAGAAUGGCAUAAUGCUAUAAGAGAAACAGCAAAUUGGCAAACAGGUCAGCAAUUACGUGAAUUAUUUGUGACCAUGUUAUUAUUUUGUGAGGUAUCUAAUCCAUUAGAUUUAUGGGAGAAAAAUUGGGAGUUUCUUUCUGAUGACAUAUCCUAUCAACAACGUCAUAUACUCGGAGAUAAUUUUAUAUCUUUCAGUGAUUCCCAAAUAAAGAAUUAUGCACUUUAUGAAAUUGAAAAAAUUCUCAAUCGAAAUAGUAGAAGUUUGAAAGAAUUUCCUAGAAUCCCAUUUCCUGAUAUGCUAUUGGAUAAUGAUAAUCGAAAUCGGUUUAUUAUUGAGGAAUUGAAUUAUAAUAGGGAAAUUCUUGCACAAGAACACUUUCAACUACGAAGUGGGUUGAAUGAGCAACAACUACAAGUGUAUAAUGCAGUCAUUCAUGCUGUUGAUUAUGGUCUUGGUGGUCUCUUUUUUGUUUAUGGUAGUGGAGGAACAGGAAAGACUUAUUUGUGGAGAACUAUAAUUGUUCGAUUACGUUCACAAGGAAAAAUAGUUUUGGUGGUAGCAUCUUCUGGUAUAGCUUCUCUAUUGCUUCCUGGUGGAAGGACAGCUCAUUCGAGAUUUAAAAUUCCUAUAAUUAUAGAUGGUGAUUCUACUUGCGUAAUAUCACAGGGAUCACAAUUGGCUGAGUUAAUUUGUAAGGCAUCAUUGAUUAUUUGGGAUGAAGCUGUAAUGUUACAUCGAAAUAUUUUUGAAGCGGUUGAUAAAACAUUUAGGGAUAUCUUACGCUUUCAUGAUCCUGACUCUGAGCACAAAGUUUUUGGCGGCAAAACUAUGUUACUUGGUGGUGAUUUCAGGCAAAUUCUUCCUGUCGUACCCAAAGGGGAUAGAACUGAAAUUGUUGCUUCAUCAAUUAAUCGAUCUUCUUUGCUUUGGGGUCAUUGUCAUUUAUAUCUAUUAUCUUUGAAUAUGCGUAUACAAGCUAAUGACAUGCAUUCAGAUUCUGUUGAAAGUUUAGAAGAAUUCAGCAAAUGGAUUUUAGAUUUGGGUGAAGGAAAAUUACCAGCUAUUUCCUUUGAUGAUGAAGACGAAUCUACUUGGAUAGAGAUUCCUGACGAUCUACUCAUUCCUCAGGAUACUGACUGCAUACACCGCAUUAUAGAUAGUACGUAUCCUGAUCUAUUGGCUAAUUAUAAUAAUGCUUCAUAUCUUCGCAAUAGAGCUAUUCUUGCCCUGACCAAUGAUGUUGUUGAUGAAGUAAAUUCUGUUAUUCUAUCAUCCAUUCCUGGCCAAUCUAGGAUAUACUUAAGUGCUGAUAGAAUGUGUCCCACCUCUGAUUGCGGACUUGAGCAAGCUUCUUUAUAUCCGGUUGAGUUUUUGAAUACACUUAAAUUCUCUGGAAUUUCAAAUCAUUCAAUUGAGUUAAAGGUUGGAAUUCCAAUUAUUCUGCUACGCAAUAUGAAUCAGAGUCGGGGUCUAUGCAAUGGUACAUGGUUGAUAAUUACAAAUCUGGGAGAUAACAUCAUAGAAGUUGAAAUGAUUACAGGGUCAAGUAUAGGGACAAGAUUUUUCAUUCACAGGAUUGACAUGACUCCUACAGAUUCAAAAUGGCCUUUUGUGAUGAUUCGACGUCAGUUUCCUAUUAAGGUUUGUUUUGCUAUGACAAUAAAUAAGAGUCAAGGCCAAACUUUUGAUAACGUUGGAGUGUACUUGACAAAACUUGUAUUUAGUCACGGCCAAUUAUACGUUGCUGCUUCUCGAGUAACCUCCCGUCAAGGAUUGAAGUUUUUGAUCAAGGAUGAUCGAAAUCCAGAAAAUCGUCGUACAAGAAAUAUUGUUUAUCGAGACAUAUAUGAUAAUUUACGCAUUGGUAUAGGUUAA